CUUCGGUGUUGCACCAUUACAAGCACUUGAAUUUCAUAUUAUUGUGUAAAAAACAUUUACAAUUAUGUAUUUUAAGAGUGCAGUUAGUGUUUUUGCUGUGUAUUUCCUGACGUCAGUAUGGAGCAUUGGACUGAACAGUGUUCAAUUAAAACUGUUGAAUACGCUGUACAAAAAUUCUCCUACCGGAAUUACCGACAAUGAUAGCACACAAUUCGUGAAACAAUAUUUUGGAAUUGAACCGGCAACCAAUAUUUUUAGAAAUGAUCCAAUUUUGACCAAUUUAGUUAAUUUAAAUUAUGCAUUGAGGUGGUUGGUGAUUAAUGACAAUUUAAAUUCUGACCAAGUCAAGAAUAAAAAACUCAACCCAUUUGAAGUAGAUUAUUACCUUGAUGUGUUCUUUACACACGCUGUAACACACCAGCAUCCGGGAUUGUUUACUGUUGAUGAGCUAUCAGGAGUAGAUAAAACAUUGGGGCUUUUAGCUAUACAGGAAGAAAUAUCAAAGGAACUCGAAAUAAAUAAAGACGAAAUCUAUUUUAUGAACGCGAUUGAGUUCUUGUUGGUCAUGUUGUAUAUCAAACCAAAAGGUAAUGGUCUAACCCUAGAACAAUUAGAAAAGUUCGUUAAAUUAUACGAAUUCCAUAGUACUCUACCCGGUAUUGAUUCUGAGGCAUGUAAAAAAGUCUUCCAAGAACUCGGUAUUAAAAUGACGGAACACGAAUCGAAGAUCCUAUUACAAUCCAACGAACCCAUUGAAAAAGUGCUGAUGAAUUUAAUGAAAUUUGCGGCUGAACGUAGUAAUACGGUUGAAAAAAAUGAAUCUAAAUUGUUAGGUCAGAACGAGAUUGUGGCCUGUAUAAACAAAUUCAAUCAACUCGAUAAUAGAUGCGAUGGUUUACUGCGCUAUGAUAAAUAUUCCUCUUUUGUGGAUAAGUUAAAAACAGUUUUGAAUGAAAUGAAAGGGUCGGAAAAAGAUUCGCACACUUUCGAAAAAGGGAAAAAUAUUUUAAAGAAAUUUGACGGUUCUAACGGAGUUGGAGUAAAAAAAUUACUUCACUUUGCUGAAUUCGCUGAAAUUGUAUUGUUCUGCAUUACACAUAUUGAAGAAAAAUCUAAAUGAUUCCUUAAAAACUUCAUUUAAAACGUAAUGAUUCUAGAACUGGUCGUGUUGAUCAC